AUGGAUAAUUAUUGAAGGAGGUACAGUUGUAAGCAAAGCCAGAUAGUAAAGGGAUACAAGACUUCAGGGAUCCAGAGUAUAGAAAGACCCAAAUAAAACUGAUAAACCUUUCAAGAAUUAUCAAGGUUUUAAGUGAUUCAGGAGGAACGAAUAUCAUGAACAGUCUUGACGAAAUGAAGGAGAGCGGCCAAGCUCAAUCUCUAUAUUUAAUACACAAGGUGAUGAGGAGAAUAACCUUGAUGAUCAGAUACAAAGGCAUUUAGAUUACCUCAAGUCAAGGCUUAGUUCGAAUCCGCUCUCAAAUUAUCUUAAAGAUGGUGUAAAUUUGCGAACUUUUUAUGGCUCAAAGAAACUGGCUGCUGCUCAGAAGACAGUUAAUAAAAUUAGGUACAAAAUUUCUAGGAAAGGGAAGGACAAACAGUCGAAGAAGACAUCCAGAUUUAGUCGUAAGAAUUCAAUCAAAUAAAAUUUUGGAGAUCAGAAAUUAUUCGAAAGUCAAACCUAAGAAGAUAGUGAUAAGAUCUGAAAUCCGGACCCCACCUCUUCAAGAGAGUGGAAAUGAAGGUCAGAGGAAUUCAGUUGAUAAUGCUGCAUGGAAUACUUCUCAACAAAAUUAUUUUCCCUUCACUAGUUUCAGAAAGAGUGAGGGUGAAGUUCAAUAUCAACCUCUUGCUGUUAAUAAUCACUGUAUCAACUUGGAAUGAGUAGAUGUAUUUCCCAAAGGAAAGUUAAAUACCCCUGCAAAGCAGACAAAGGAAAGUUUUUCUAGCCUGAAAAAGAUCGGGCUUAUGAACUCUAGAAGAACAGCCAGAGCUAAUGGGCUAAUAAGCAAGAGGUACUCUCUCCGGUCUAGGUUUCAAUAACUUCCUUAUGAGUAUAAGCAAUGCAAAUAGUUUAAAGAUAGCAGUUGACUAAUAAGGAUAUAAAAGUUC